AUGCGUCUCCAUCUCUCUGGUCUCUCGCGACGCGCCUUCAAACCGUACGUCGCCGAAUUUCUCGGCACCGCUCUCAUCAUCGUGAUCGGUGACGGCGUCGUGGCGCAAGCCCUGCUCUCCGACUACCAGUAUGGCACCUGGCUCUCCAUCAACCUGGCCUGGGCGGCCGCUGUCUGUCUCUCCGGCUACAUCGCCGACCCGAGUCCCGCCAGCAAUCCCGCCAUUUCCCUGGUCAUGGCCUUCGUCCGCCCGCAGCCCGAUCAGUGGAGGAAGUUGCCCGGCAAGCUGUUGGCCCAGUUUCUGGGAGGCUUCGUGGGCGCGGCCAUUGUCUACAUCAACUACCGUUCUGCCAUCCUCGACUGGGACCCGGAAUAUACAAUCCCGGGGGGAUCGAUUUUGAGCCCGCAGGGCCACCACUCGGCCGGCAUCUUCUCCACUUAUCCCGCCAGCUUCUUCUCCUCCAAUUGGGAGGCGGUCUUCUCGGAAGUCCUCGGAUCGGCCGUGCUCAUGUUCGGCUCGCUGAGUGUCUCGGACCCGGCCAAUGCCCACCGCUUCCACUCCCCCCAGUUCUCCAUGUUUGUGCUUCUGCUCGCCAUUGGAGCUGCGUUGGGCUGGCAAACUGGCUACGCGAUCAAUCCCGCACGCGACUUUGGCCCGCGCCUCUUCUCGGCCAUCCUCUACGGUCGCGAGGUCUUCACCGCUGCCAAUUACUAUUUUGUUGUGCCUUUGUUUGCUCCCGUCGCCGGCUGCUUCGUGGGAGCCACGGUCUACGAUUCGCUGCUGUACGAGGGGGAUGGAUCGCGCAUUGCGGACGCGCUGGACAAGGCUGAGGACGUGGAUGGAGAGCUGCGCCUGCACUAG